AUGCGCAGCAGCCUCACCAGGCUCUCCUGUACCCUUUUGCUGCCAAACUGUACCCUUUUGAGGGGCCCCCGCGCCCCCAUGCCACCCAAGUCCGGCCCUCCCUCUUUCCUUACGGGGGCCCCCCUGGGGGCCCCCCAAGGGGGCCCCCAGGGGCCCUUCCAUGCAUCGGAAAGGGCCCCCCGCGGGCCUUCGCGUAGCCAGUACCCUCUUUACCCGCAUCCCUGGGCCUCAGUGCCCCCCGGGGGGCCCCACGGGGGGCCCCCCGGGGGCUCCCCAGGGGCCCCCUACGGGGGAGAGCGUUCCAAAGCCUCGAGGGCCUCAGGGGGGCUCUCAGGGGGGCCCCCGGGGGGCCCCUCGAGGGGGCCUCUCCCGGGGGGGCCCCCCAAGGGGGGCCCCUUCUUGGGGGUCCCCCUGGGGGCCCCCAAGAAGGGGGCCCCCCUCCCGCUGCCUCUUGCUGCUCCCGUAGCAGCAGACAUCCA